UGUUGUUUUUGAGAUAGGGAGAGAGUGGUGGAGGAAGAAACAAAGAUGGAUCGGCAAAAGGAAGAAGCUAAACAGGCAACGACGAACAUCUCCGAUCUCCCACCUAAUCUCUUCCCCCGUUUAUACUAUUUUAAAACCAAAAAUUUAAUUAAUAGAGAAAAAGAGAGAGAGAGAGAGAGAGAGAGAGAGAAGGAGUUAAUACGAAUAGAGGUAGAGAGAGUCAUUAAAACCAAUGAAGCGACAUUCACAAUAAUUCGAAAAGGAGGAAGACGAGUUACAUACGGCCAGGCUAGGCAUCUCUCUCUAUCUCUCGUCCACCAAAACAAAUCUCUCUAACCUUUCCUCUACAAGAAUCAUCCUUCUCCCAACACACUCCCUUCCAAAUUAAAACACUCUUUCUUUUUUCUAUCUUCAUCGGACAUCGUGAAGAACAAAGAGUUAAAAUUAAGAAUCCCCAUAAAGAGAGAGGGAUAAGAAGAGUAGUCUAUUUAAAACCAUGCAAUCUCACGACAACAACCUCCAUGGCGGAAUCAAGCGGUAGAACCACUUCUUCCGACAACACCAGCACCAACCGUACUGUUCCUCCUCUUCCUCCUCCUGCUUCAGCUAUGGUGAGAAAGAGAUUAGCUUCCGAGAUGUCUUCAUCUCCUUCCUUAAACAACAACCAACGUCUUCCCCCUCCUCACCGCGUCUCACACCUCCCUGACUCCUCCUCCAACUACAUCAUCACGCCUGACUCGACAACCCACCCGACACCACCCGUCUCCGUCUGCGGCUUCUCCGGCCUUCCGGUUUUUCCUUCCGACAACAACCGGACAACAACAGCCAUGUCCGUACAACCAAUGGAACAACAACAACAACAACAACAACAAGACUCCUCUGCUUCAUCUUCUUCUUCACCAACGGUCUGGGUGGACGCCAUCAUCAGAGACUUAAUCAACUCCUCAGCUUCGGUCUCUAUCCCUCAGCUUAUCCAAAACGUCAGAGACAUCAUCUUCCCUUGUAACCCUAACCUCGGCGCUCUUCUCGAGUACAGACUCCGCUCUCUCAUGCUUCUCGAUCCUCCUCCUUCCUCCGACCCUCCUCCUCCUUUCGACUCCAUCUCUCAAUACCAUCAGAUCUCCAACAACCCUUCUCCUCCUCCUCUAACACAACAACAACAACAACAACAGCCCAAACCUCCUCCUCCUCCUCCGGUUCAGCAGCAAGAGAGAGAGAACUCUCCACCACCGCCCGAGACUGUUACCACCACAAACACAAACACGGCGGAGGCGUUGAGAGAGAGAAAAGAAGAGAUCAAAAGACAGAAACAAGACGAGGAAGGCCUCCACCUCCUCACUCUCCUCCUCCAGUGCGCCGAAGCCGUCUCCGCGGACAACCUCGAGGAAGCCAACAAGCUCCUCCUCGAGAUCUCUCAGCUCUCCACUCCCUACGGAACCUCCGCGCAGCGCGUCGCCGCCUACUUCUCCGAAGCCAUGUCCGCUCGCCUCCUCAACUCCUGCCUCGGCAUCUACGCCGCCCUCCCUUCCCGCUGGAUGCCCCAGACCCACAGCCUCAAGAUGGUCUCCGCCUUCCAGGUCUUCAACGGGAUCAGCCCCCUCGUCAAGUUCUCCCACUUCACGGCCAACCAGGCGAUCCAGGAGGCCUUCGAGAAAGAGGACUGCGUCCACAUCAUCGAUCUCGACAUCAUGCAGGGGCUUCAGUGGCCUGGUCUGUUUCAUAUACUCGCUUCUAGACCUGGUGGUCCUCCUCACGUGCGUCUCACGGGACUUGGUACUUCUAUGGAAGCUCUUCAGGCUACUGGGAAGCGUCUUUCGGAUUUCGCGGAUAAGCUCGGCUUGCCUUUUGAGUUCUGUCCUUUGGCUGAGAAAGUUGGGAACUUGGAUGCUGAGAGACUUAAUGUGAGGAAGAGAGAAGCUGUUGCUGUUCAUUGGCUUCAGCAUUCUCUUUAUGAUGUUACUGGCUCUGAUACACACACUCUAUGGUUACUCCAAAGAUUAGCUCCAAAGGUGGUGACAGUAGUGGAACAAGACUUGAGCCAUGCUGGUUCUUUCCUUGGAAGAUUUGUGGAAGCGAUACAUUACUACUCGGCGCUGUUUGAUUCCUUGGGAGCUAGCUACGGAGAAGAGAGCGAGGAGAGACACGUGGUGGAGCAGCAGCUGCUGUCCAAAGAGAUAAGGAACGUAUUGGCUGUUGGUGGACCGUCGAGGAGCGGCGAAGUGAAGUUCGAGAGCUGGAGGGAGAAGAUGCAGCAGUGUGGAUUCAAAGGGAUAUCUUUGGCUGGGAACGCAGCGACGCAGGCGACGCUUUUGCUGGGGAUGUUUCCGUCGGAUGGUUAUACUUUGGUUGAUGAUAAUGGUACGCUUAAGCUUGGAUGGAAAGAUCUCUCGUUACUUACUGCUUCAGCUUGGACUCCUUGUUCUUAGAUUUUUUAUUUUUAGUUUUCUCUCUUUUGAUUCACACAAACAAUGCCCAUAAAUAGAGUCUUACUACUACUUUUUGUUUAUGUAAUGAGAAGAGAGGAUUCUUAAGUUGUUUUA